CGAGCAGGGGAGGGUUUGGGGGUGUCCAGCUCGGAGCUGGGAGGCUGCGGGGUGGAGCUGGGGCUCGCCGCGGCGGGCUGGGGGCGCGGGCAGGUGUAGCCAGUGAGCGCUUUGGCCGCACCGACCGGCGGCUCGGGGUCCUGGGCCCGGCGAUGAGGGUGCACCUGGGCGCGCUGGCCGCCGCGGCGGCGCUGAGUGGGGCGCUCAGCUUUGUGCUGCUGGCCGCCGCCAUCGGCACCGACUUCUGGUACAUCAUUGACACGGAGCGGCUGGAGCGCAGCGGGGCGGGCGCGCAGGACGCGCCGGGCGCCGCCAACCACAGCCGGCCCGAGCCUCUGAGCUCGCACUCCGGACUCUGGCGGACCUGCCGGGUCCAGAGCCCGUGCACGCCGCUGAUGAACCCCUUCUGGCAGGAGAACGUGACCGUCAGCGACUCGAGCCGACAGCUUCUCACCGCCGUGACGCUCGCCGGCAUCAGCGUGUACAUCGCGUACUCGGCGGCCGCCUUCCGGGAGGCGCUGUGUCUCCUGGAGGAGAAGGCACUGCUGCAGCAGGUGGACAUCCGCUUCGGCUGGUCCCUGGCCCUGGGCUGGGUCAGCUUCAUCGCCGAGCUGCUCACCGGGGCCGCCUUCCUGGCCGCGGCCCGCGUGCUCAGCCUGAGGCAGAGGCAGGACCAGGCCGUGUGAGCCUGGGCGCCCACCGUGGCUGCCGUGGGCGAGGCUGGGCCCGGGGUAGGGGGCUGGGCCGUGGUCUCCGCGCCACCCCGUGCAGUGCCUGCCGCACCCCUGUGCGUCCAUGUGGCCUGGACCAGGGCCCGAAGGAUGCAGCAGCAAGCGGUCAGCCACACCGGGGACUGUGUCCAGUGGCAGCUCUGGCUUAGCCCCCUCACCCCUGCCCUGGGCUCAGCUUCACUUCGCUCUAAAGAACUCAUUGAGGAUGCUCAGAGAGGCUGGCCAAGUCGGGCGCAGGUGCACGGUGCGCCCUGCACGCUCCUGGCUCCCUCUAGUGAGCCCCACCAGGAGGCCAGCGGAGACCCCGGCCUCCCAGCCCCACGAGGGGAGAAUUCCCUGCUGAGCUCAGCCAGGGCCCUGGACCUCAGAGGGAAAAGGAAAGCCUCUCAGGUGGUCAGGAUCACAGCGGACGCCUGCACGGGAGGGCGACAAUGAGGGGCCCCUCCCAGCAGUCGCCAGAAACACCGGCCCCAAGCGGACGCGGGCUCAGGUCACUCUCAGCACCCCCGUGGGGGACCGACUGCCAUUCUCGGAUGCAGAAUCCCAGACCAUGGAGGCUCAAGUGUGUGGGGAAAGCGCACGGAAGCGGGCGCCCCGGGCCCCCGGGCCAGCGGGUCACAAGGCGGCUGCUCCUGGCAUCACCUGCAGGGUUAAGAACAGUGCCCACGACCCCGCCCGAGCCAGCGACCCUGAGGUCUCUGGGGCAGGCGUGUGCCUGCACCAGUAGAAGGCACACAGGGCAGAGCCGGCUCCAGCCCCAGCAGGUGCUCGUGGGGGACUUCACGGCCACACGCCCCAGGUCCUGAACUGUGCAGAGCGGGCGCCGCGCAGAGCCGGGCAAGGGGACAACCAGGGCUUGGCGAGCUGUCACGGGACCAGGUCACAGCAGAACCAUCUGCAUCUCGCGCCUCCGAGCCGGGUCUCCUCUCUGGGUUGGCUGCGGAUUCCAGCUCCCUGGGAAGGCACGCCCUGGAGGGGACUUGGGUCCCUGCCACCCGUGCGGGAAACCCAGAUGGAGUGCCAGGCCCAGCCUCAGCUCUCGGGAGCUUUCUGUGUCUCUAGCUCUCUGCUCGUCAAAUAAACAAAAGGAA